AAAAGCAUAUCUCCUGUGAAUAAGGAGUGAGGAAGAAGAGAACAGAAAUAUUUUGCAAAGAAAUAUGGCUGCUGAUUCCAUGUUAAUUGUUAUGUUUUUGUUGGUGGAAGGAUUUGUUGUAUGCAACCUCUUUUCUGUUCAAUGCAAUGCCAGCGCAGAAGGAGAUGCACUGAUAGAUGUGAAGAAGAUGCUCCAUGACCCACAAAAUGUUUUGGAAAGCUGGGAUCCAUCCCUGGUCAAUCCCUGCACAUGGUUUCAUGUCACCUGUAACAAUAACCAGCAUGUAACGAGAGUAGAUUUGGCAAUUAGUGACCUUUCUGGUACUCUCUCACCACGGAUCGGUGAUCUUGCAAACUUACAAUACCUGCAUUUAUUUCGUAAUUCAUUAAGUGGAAACUUGCCAACAAGUUUGGGGAAGUUAAAAAAUCUGAUUGCUCUUGAUCUUUCUGGCAACAAGUUUAGUGGGAAAAUACCCACCUCACUUGCCCAACUUUCAAACCUUCGUUUCUUAAAUCUAUCAAACAAUCAACUCAGUGGCCCUGUUCCAACCGGAGGAUCGCUCUCAAUAUUUGGAUAUAAUAGUUUUAAAGGCAAUCCUGGGCUCUGCGGUGGUGUUGUGCACAAGCCAUGUCGAAGAAUGGAAUGAAAUGGAAAGCAUUGUGACUUAAACGAUUACUAUUAAGCAAUAUAGUUUACCUUCUAGUCCUACUUUACAUCCAGGACAAUCUGAAAUGAGCACUCAUACAUGUAAUUCUGAUGAUGAUAUUAAUGCCUUGACUUUUAUUGGUAUGAUACCUUUACUAAUAAAAUUGAAAAAUUCAAGCU